GCCAAGACUGGUUCUCUCUGGAUCCAGACCCUGACGUGCAAAAAGGGAUUAACCAGUAACCAGGCACUAGAGUGCAGUCCAGAGGCCGAGGCAGCUUCGAUUCACUCUGGGAGAUGACCCCUUACUCGGAGAAGGAGGAAUUGGAUAAGGAUGAGAAGAGGGAGAGGACCGACAUGAUCUGUGGGCAGCGCUGGGACCGUGAGGCAGGGAGAGGAGAGGAGCAGGAAGUGCACAAUCCCAGUAAGGGCGACUCGGCAGUCGGCUGGCAGAGCAGGGCAAGGGAAUUGGCACGCAGGCUUGGACAGCUAUCCAAACCACUCGCCCUCUCCUUGCGGAAGCAGAUCCUGAAGGUGGGAGAGGACUGGAUCUUUCUCUUCCUGCUGGGAAUGCUAAUGGCCACAAUCAGCUUCAGCCUCGAUGUCAUCACCUCCAAGUGCCAGCGAGCCAACCUCUGGGUCUACGACGCCCUGGAAAGAUAUCGCUACCUGCAGUACUUCUCGUGGGUCCUCUACCAUGUCAUCCUUUGUAUGGUGUCCGCUGGAGUAGCCAAGUACAUCUCCCCUCAAGCGGCAGGCUCUGGCAUUCCCGAGUUGAAGGUUACUCUGCGUGGCGUUGUACUCGACGAGUUCUUCACCUUCCGAACCUUCGUGGCGAAGCUGAUCGGUGUCAUCUGCACCCUCGCGGCUGGAAGCACCAUUUUCCUGGGAAAGGUGGGCCCUUUCGUUCACAUGGCUACCAUCCUGGCCACAUUACUGGGAAAAGUCAUGGUGAAGUUUGCAGGUACCAAAGAGAAUAAAGGACGCAAGUAUGAAAUGCUGAUCGCCGGUGCUGCAGUGGGUGUGGCUUGCUGCUUUGUGGCACCUGUUGGAGGUGUCCUGUUCAGCGUGGAGACCACGGCCACCCACUUUGCCGUGCGGAAUUACUGGCGGGGAUUCUUCGCCGCGACGUGUGCUGCCCUGAUGUUCCGAGUCCUGGCCGUGGUGAACAAUGAGCAUGAGACCGUUGCCGUCCUCUUCAGCACUAACUGGAAGGUGGAAUUCCCCUUCGACCUGCCCGAGUUCCUUUCCUUCGCCAUCCUCGGGGUCAUUUGUGGCUGUCUCUGCUGCCUCUACCUCUUCUGCCACAGGAAUCUCACCAUGUUCCUGACCAAACACAAAAAGAUCUCCAAAUUCAUGGCUAAUAACAAGAUCCUCUUUGCGGGGUUUGUGGCUCUUGUGUUGGCGAGUAUGACGUUCCCUCAUGGAGUCGGACAGUACAUUGGUUCCAGGCUGUCCAUGAAGGAACACCUGGAAACGUUCUUCGACAACCGAACGUGGGGCUCCGAUGAGCAGAGGUUCCUGAACAGCAGCAGCCAGCCUCCCUUCCCCACCUACGACGCCAAGUGGCUUCAAUGGACCCACCCCAGGUUGUCCUCUCUGGAAAUGUUGACCUUCUUCAUAAUACUCAAGUUCUUCAUGCUAUUGCUGGCCACGACAAUGGUGCUUCCCGCUGGUUAUUUCCUGCCUGUGUUUGUUUACGGUGCAGGACUUGGGCGGCUGUAUGGGGAAAUAAUGGCAAAGAUCUUUCCAGAAGGAAUCAUAUCAGAAGGAAUUCAGAUCAAAAUCACUCCUUCGGGAUAUGCACUGGCGGGGGCUGCUGCCUAUUCCGGAGCUGUCACCCACACCAUCUCGACUGCCGUGCUGGUCUUCGAGUUGACGGGCCAGAUGUCCCACAUCCUGCCGGUGCUCAUCGCUGUCCUGGUGGCCAACGCCAUCAGCCAGCGCUGCCAGCCCUCCUUCUUUGACGGGAUUGUCAUUGUGAAGAAGCUACCUUACCUGCCCAAGCUGACUGUGGGCAAGAGUGGCGCCCACGACAUCUACGCAGAGGACUUCAUGGUGACGGACCUGAAGUACGUGGCAAAGGACCAGAAGUACAAGGACGUCCGAUUCCUGCUGAAGAACAGCGAGCUGAAGCAGUUCCCCCUGGUUGACUCCACAGAGUCCAAGGUUCUCCUGGGGUCUAUUAAGCGCAAGAACCUGGCCAGACUCCUCGCCACGCAACUAAGCCCAGAGAGGAGGCUGCGGUUCCAGCAGCAGCAAGGGCAGCAGCCCAGCGAGACACCUGUAGAGCAUGAGAUUGUUCCCAGUUCAAAAUCAAACACUGGUGACGAUGCCUGCCCAUCCAAUAGGGAAGAUAAUAUCUACAUCGAAAAUGAGGAUAAAAAAUCUCAGACCGAGGUGGGUCCAGAACGCUGGCCAAGAAAACCAACCAGGAAGAAGCGGUUUCACUGCUAUACCGUGGACGGAGAGGAAGUCUUUGACACUAUGACUACGAGUGAGGUGGAAGAGUGGGAGUACUGUCAGCUCCAGGAAGUCCUACAGCUGGACGAAUCCGUGAUUGAUCCUGCACCCUUCAGGCUUGUAGAAAAGGAAACCCUUCAUGAGUGCUACAACCUCUUCAACCUCCUUGGGCUCAGGAUUGCAUACGUCACCUCCACCGGGAGGCUGGUCGGUGUGGUUGCUCUGAAAGAGCUGAAGGCAGCGGUGGAGAGCUGUGUUAAGGGGACUCCGGCCAGCAAUUGCCAGUCCAACGAGGGGGAGCUGUCCCAGAAGAUCACCCUGAUUGACAACGAGAGACCCAGAGGGAACUGAGAAGGAGAGGAAGGGGCCUUGGUGAUUCGUGGCUCCUGGAAUCUUACCUGCCUGCCUGACGCUGAUUUAUUGCGAUGCAUUUCAGCUUUGAGUAAUCCUUCGUUGAUGAUCCCCAUCUCCCUCCUGCCUCAGCUGAAAGAUAGGUACCUUUUAGUUCAUAGAACAUAGGACAGUAUAGCACAGAAUAGGACCUUCAGCCCACAAUGUUGUGCCGACCUUUUAACCUACUCCAAGAUCAAUCUAACCACUCCAUCCCAUAAAGCUCUCUUUCAUCCAUGUGCCCACUUAAGAGUCUCUUAAAUCAUGUUCAAGUGCAAGUUUAAUUGUCAUUCAACCAUAUAUGAAUACCCAUGAAUAUAGCCAAAUGAAACAGUGCUAUUCCAGGGUCAGAGUGCAAAACUCUGUACCAACAGCACAAGGAACAUAUAGCAGAUAUAAGAUAGCAGUAGAAUACAAUCACACAGAAAAAUAUAGUCCAAGUCCUUGACUCCAUGAACGUUGCAGCAGUCUGUGGUUGAGAACAAUGUAGCUUGUCUUCCACCGAGCAAACACUGGAGAGCAGUACCUGCGCCAGCAAGGAUGCCGCGCCACAUGGCUCCAACACCGACUCUAGCGACUCUCUCCUGGGUGGCUUCAAACAGGCAAUGUCGCAGCUUGAGGUCUAGUCCUUGCUAUGACCAAGGCCAUGUUGCUCCCCCGCCAUUCACCAAUAAAUCAGUUAACUGGACUUGCAGCAUUCCACACCACCAGUGUCCAACGAGGUCUUCCAAUCACAAGAAAGACGACCAGACAAUCACUUGUCAUCAGACUGCACACCUCCUUCGUGCACUGACUCUGAUGCCUCUGUCGCAGCAGCAACAUGGUUACACCAGGUUCAGUUCCUCAGCAACAAGCAACUCACUGAUGGAAUAGGCCUGCAAUACUUUAAGUUCUUAAUGUCCAGCAGGGUCUUGUGAUCAUAAAAAAUACAUUUAAAAAAAGACAAUAACACCUUUGGUCAGCCCCGUAGAAACUGCCGUCUUCCUGGAAACAUUCCUAAUAUCCCACCCCUGCCAGUGUGUUCCUUGCAAUCAGCAUUCUCUGUGUAUAAAAUCUAUUUCUGACAUUACCCCCAUACUUUCCUCCAAUCUACUUAAAAAGAUUAUCUCUCAUAUUAGCCAUUGCUGCCCUGGGGAAAAGGUGUUGGCUGCCCACUCUACCUAUGAAUCUUCAAAGUUCAAAGUAAAUUUAUUAUCAAAGUACAUAUAUGUCACCAUAUACAGCCCUGAGAUUCAUUUUCUUGUGGGCAUACUCAUUAAGUCCAACAACCAUAACAGAAUCAACUUCGGCAUUCAACCAGUGUGCAAAAGACUACGAACUGUGCAAAUACACAAGAAGAUAAGAAAUAAUAGUAAUAAAUAAACAAGAAAUAAAUAUUGAGAACAUGAGAUGAAGAGUCCUUGAAA